AAAGUCCGGUUCGCCACACAUUCGUCAGGUGAAUGUGGAAAAGAAAAUUCCGGUUCGUCGCACUGUUCCGAUGUAUAUCGGAACAUUUUUUACGACCGUACUCAAUUACGUACAACCAUGUUAUCGGGAGAAAGCGCACGUGAUGUUCGGUCUUGAUGCACUAACCAAAUUGCGCAUGUUUCAACGGCAGAUAUCUGCCAUCGGCGAAUAA